CUUCAGGAGGCAGUGGCGCAGAGACAGACUUGCUGUAGCUAGGUACCAGCACGAGAGGAUAUGGGAGACUGAUGUGAUCUGAUACGGGCAGCAACGGGAGGACUCGCUCUUCAAAAGCGGGCGUCACUUCUCUGUCUAAUAUUAGUGUCGUCGUUGAAGCGGUGGCAUAGAAGCACGAUUGCCAAACGUGGUUUGCAGGGAUUCGACCUCUCGAUCUCUGGUCAAUCAUGAUGUCCGUCCACACCCCCCCUCUCUCCCGCAGUGGCUCCUCCCCUUCCUCUGUCGGCCUGACCAAUCGCAGCAGUUCCGCCGCAGCGCCUCCCACCUCCCUCAGCCUACGCUCUUCCUACAACCAACUUUUGGGUCGUGAUGUCAUAAAAGAGUCCCCUACCCCAAUGGAAACAGGAAGUUCUGCCACUUUACCAAAGAGCCGGCGUAGAUAUGCCAUGACCAGCGUGCGUAGCGCCAUGGGGCUCAGCGAAACCCUAACCCCUCUGACUCGAAACCAGCUCCCCACCGGGGGCAGGUGCUUCCCUACCAAGUCCUCUUCAUCCUCUGCCCUUUACUCCUCCUCCUCCUCCUCUUUCUUUUCCACCAACCCCAAACUGGCAAAGAACGGUGCCAACCUGCAGAGGAAGGCCGAGACUCAACAACAGGGGCAGACCAAAACCAACACAGAACUCAAAGAGCAGGAUGACGACUUUGUCGCACCUGUACACGGCUCUGAUUGGUUCGAGCGGGAGAAGGACAACUCUCUGGCCUUGCCCCCAUUCCGUCGGAGGACCAAGAGUUUCCUCGAGUUCCACGAGAAGGAAGAGGACACUCCUAGUGAAGAGAACAAAGUAGGAGACUUUCUUAUUGAAGGUAAAAAGGAAGAAGAUCUUCCAAGUAAGGAAGAGGAGGAAGAGGAUGAGAAACACUCUUGUCCUGAGAAAGACCAGGUCAGUCCGGAUGAAGGGAGGGAGAGACCGGAGGUUGAGAAACAGACCCCUGAUCAAGAGGAAGACGAGGAGGAAGAGGGUGCUACUCCAACAGCUAAUCAGCCUGUAGUAGGACCUGGAUCCUGCACUCCCCCGUUCUCCUUCAAAAACUCUACUCUCAACGGGGCCCAGGAGCACAACGUUCAGAAUUCCUCGGCUCCCCUGGGCAGUGAGGGGGCCCUAUCUCCAAUCCCAAUGUAUCUGGACGAUGUCGAGACACCCCCAAAACCCUCCCAGAGUGUCCAGGCCCCCCCGCUCAGAGUGAUCAAGGUGGAGCUGCACCCCAACAACGAAAACCAAUACCUUCAUCACUCCUCUGCAGUCGCUAAGCAGCCAGAGGAGGAGGAGAGCACCCCACUCCUGGUCCAGACCCCAUCUGUAUUGUUUGGCCCACACCCAGAGAGGGGCGAUGCUAACACAGCCGGUCUGGGGACAAAGGUGGAGUCUGCCCUGGAGGAUGAGGACUCCAGCUGGACCACCUUGUCCCAAGAGAGCCCCUCCCCCGAGACCCCACAGGAGAUAGCAGAUGUGUGGGGUGAUAGGGACCUUCCCCCAGGCUGGCGUGAGGUCACGGACGUGUCAGAGGUCUACUUCUGGCAUGUUCCCACUGGCGCCACCCAGUAUGACCGCCCUGUUGCCGCUGGCAACGAACACACACACUCCCCCCCGACGCUGGGCGAAACAGCCACCGUGAGACCGCCCGGUGAGCGUCCUAGCAGUUUGGUAUCAGACAGUUCAGUGGAGCCAGUCCCCUCUCCCUCCGGCUCCUCUUCCUCCUCCACAUCCUCCUCUCCCUCUGAUGUGCCACUGCCUGACCGAGGCUUUGACAACAACACAUACACAGUCACUGAGCUGAAGGAUUACCCUGUGUAUCCCGACCCCAGCCUCAAGGCGUUUGAAGGAGCUACUCUACGUUACGCCUCCCUGAGACUGCACCCUGCCCAGUUAGAUACUGUGGACCUGAACAGUGCCUGCACUGGCCCAGAGGCUCAGUGGUUCCCGGUGCGCUCCCUGGGCUGGGUGGAGAUGGCAGAGAGAGACCUGUUGGAAGGGAGGAGCAGUGCAGCAGUCCACCACUGCAUCAGACAACUGUCCUACUGCCGGAGGGACAUACGAGACUCUGCCGGGGUCUGGGGGGAGGGUAAGGGCAUGCUGCUGGUACUGCAGGACCGUGACCUGACCCUAGUUGACCCCGACGACCGGAGCCUGCUCCACUCGCAGCCAAUCAGCAGCAUCCGUGUAUGGGGCGUCGGCCGGGACCAUGACCGAGAAAGGGAUUUUGCUUAUGUGGCGAGAGACAAAAACACACGCGUUCUAAAAUGCCACGUAUUCCGAUGUGAUACCCCUGCCGAAGCCAUAGCAACGAGUCUCCACGAAAUCUGUUCGAAGAUUAUGGCUGAGAAGAAGAGUGCCAAGGCUGCUGCUGGCAGCUCAUCUCAGACAGGCUCUGAUGUUCCUCUCCAGGAGUUUCCCAUGCCAAAGACUGAGCUGGUGCAGAAGUUCCAUGUUCACUACCUCGGGAUGACGUCGGUGUCUCGUCCAAUAGGUAAGAGAAGUAUGGACAUCAUCAACGGGGCUAUAGAGAGCCUGGUAUCCUCCACGGGGAAAGAGGACUGGACCCCCGUCAUUCUGAGCGUGGCGGACGCCACAGUGGCCGUCAUCAAAGAGAAGGAAGAGGAAGAGGAAGUCCUGGUUGAGUGCCGUGUUCGUUUCCUGUCCUUCAUGGGCGUGGGCCGGGACAUCCACACCUUUGCCUUCGUCAUGGACUCUGGGAACCAGCACUUCCAGUGCCACGUGUUCUGGUGUGAGCCCAACGCUGGCAGCGUGUCUGAGGCUGUCCAAGCAGCAUGUGUGCUGCGGUAUCAGAAGUGUCUGGUGGCCCGCCCCCCCUCACAGAGAGCUGGCUCUUCAUCCCCGCCCCCCGACUCUGUGACACGCCGGGUGACCACCAGCGUCAAGCGUGGCGUCCAGUCUCUCAUAGACACUCUGAAACAGAAGAAACCGCCCUCAGAACUGCCCCAGCAAUGACGGACAGCUCCCUGACCACACCCCCAACCGCUACCCCAGCCUCUGGCCCUGUCACUCACACUGUUGCCACAACUACGACCUACAACCACGAGCUAGCAAAUACCAAUUAUGUACAUACAUGUUAACUUAUCACCACUGGGCAGACCAAAGGAGGAAUGGAUCUAGAAUCAAAUGUCUGCCUAAAAUAAAAUGUGAAGUAAUCUGCUGAAGAAAUAGAAGAAUGUAAGGACGAUUUCCAAAUUACAGCAUGAUGCGAGGGUGUUGAUUUGUUUUUAGUGGAACUUUCCGUUGAACUCAUGUCAUAGCGAGACUUGCCUACUUCAGCCAAGGUACACCAGUCCAGGAUGGACAUGGUCCUCGUCUAAUGGAGUGCUAUUACUACUGGGAUGUGUGGUGGAUCAAACCAUUGCUGAAGGACACUGAGCUAAUGUGACAAUAACAACCACUCCCAAUCAGUGUUGGUUUUGUUCAAUGAGGUCCCGUUUUUUCUCUUUUUUUGCCUUCUUUCUGUUCCUUUUUCCCUACUCCUCGGGCACAGUGAGAGCAGCACAGUUCCAUUGCAUUGCCAAACGGAGUAGCAUUUUGAACAAACCGACAUAUCUCUUUAAGACGUCUCGUUGACUUGGAAACGGGACAUAGCAAUGGGAAAAGCCAGUCAUCCCAGACAUGGCCACAUUGGCUCCACCCGGCCUGAUAACCUUUAACCCUCAGACACCAACAGAGGUGGGUCAUAUGACAGACUGGACAGCCAUGAUGUCAUAACGGAGACAGGAAGUGUACAGAAUAUGUGAGCUUGGGUUGAAUUCUGAUAGUCCUAGUGAGAACAAGAUCACUUCACCCACUAGGUAAAACGACCAACUCAGAUGUGCCUAACAUUGGACACCAUGUUGGAUGUAAGCCAAGUUAACUACUUGCAAGGAAAGGAACCAACUUACCACUUUUUCUUUAGGUUGUAAUUGCUACGAGUGCAGCUACCAUGGACCGUGAUCCUUCUGCAUUCUGGGUAAUUUCAGCUCAACAACAUGUAAGCCAUGUAGACUUGCAAAACAAGUCCCAGAGUGGAGUAAUAGCAACACUAACUUCCCUCAGAACAGGAACAGACAUUGCCUUGCCUCAUUCUGGCUUUCUGGGGAUUCCGAAUGAAUCUCAUAUAUGGGCAGUCAGAAUUCAACCAAUGAGUUCAGUUAAUCAAAACGGACUGAACCAAUGUCAUAUCAGAAGAGGGGUGCCUGGAUUUGUACUAUAUACACCCCUCUGAUUGUACAGUGAUGAAAGCACCCGCAGCAGUUGGAGAAGUGAGAGGGAGGACCAGGGUGGUGUUGGUGUUGCAUGUGUCUGUAAUCUGAAUGUGAGAGGAUCAUUGGAGAGAGAGAGGGGGGGGGGGGGGCUCUUACUCUUGGGGCUGAUAACAUGGACAGACAGGGGAGAUGCUCUGAACUAAAGCCUAACCAUACUACUUACACCUGUUUCCCCACUCUGUCUCUCACACAAAAACACAAACACUGACUGCAUACGUUGAUAGGACCCAGUGUCACCCCUCUGCACUCAGCUCCGUGAAUGCAAUCCAGUCUAAUGUAAAAUCACAGAAACAUAGGCCUGGAAGUCCUGUCAUUAAUGUACUCUGUUCUCCACUGGUCUCCACACCGUGUAAAUGUAACCUGUUGUGAAAAUAAAGGCAUUACCAAAACAAA